GAAACUUGUGUCCAGCUAAAAUAUCGACGGGAAAGGAAAAAAAAAAACAAAAAACCAUACGACGCAAUCACACACAGUUCGAAAAAAUAAGAAAUCAAGAAAAAAAGUUUUUUCCUUCAAUCUUAAUCAUCAGAAAAAAUCAAAAAAAAUAAAGGGCCUUCAACUUGAACGAACUUUGUAAAAUUUACCCCCAGAGAAAAUCCAGAAAAGCAAGAAAAAACUUAAAAUCCUUCGAGAAUUGAAAAAAAGGUGAAAAUUGUCAAAUUUCUUUCUCUUGCUUGGAUCAUCGUUAAAUCGUGGGGUGGUCGACGCGACGGUCGUUGAUUCGAAAGGAGGCGACCCCGACGACAAACGAACGAAAAAAUGACCAAAAGAUCGCCACAAUGGGGCGAAGUUCCAGCCGUUGCUUUAAGUCGAAUUUUCGAAUACUUGGACGAGUCGAAGGAUCGAUUUAAUGCUUCUUUGGUUUGUUGGCAUUGGCGAAGUAUUCUUUUCCAAAAGAGGUUUUUCCAAAAUUUUAAGUUCACCUUGUAUAUUGACAACGACCGACAAUGUACAUUUUUCCUACAAACCCUCUUGAACUUAACAAACGAACUUACAAUGGUUUUUGAUUUUAUGUGUGUUUAUCACAUUGAGAAAAUCCGAAGGAUCCUUUACAAAAUUGCAAGAAGUGAUAGUUUGGAGGGAAUACGCUUUCAAACAAACAACGUUGGGCAUGCUGCGCCAGGUGAUAUGAUGGAUGAAGGUCUAGUCGAUAUUGAACAAUUCUUUGUUGAACCAAUAAAAAUUAUUCUAAGUCGUAAAAAGUCAUCAAUGAAGGUUCUCGAUAUGGGCGCUAUCGAAUCAUUGACUUAUUAUGGAGCAGAUUUUCUUAAAUCCAUUGCCAAGCCUCAAGAAAUCGAACAGCUAACAUUCGCUUCGAUUAAAUUCGAUCCUAGUCACUAUCCAAUUUUUGUAUUGGAACCUGUAUUCCUAGAGAAAUGUGCAUCACUUCAGGUAUUAUCGCUUGACUAUGACACACUGAACGAAGAUGUCCUCCGUACAAUCCAAAUACUUCCAUUAAAAAAACUAAUGAUAUGCGUCCAUGGAUUGGAUCGUGAACAUCCUGGAAUCUCAGAACACGCAUGGUCUGAGUUUUCAAAGAAAUUCCAGAACAUCGAUUUGAUUGUCUCACUGGUUUAUGCUUAUGAAGCUGUUGAAGUCCUUCAAGUUAGGAUUUUACGCCAGAAUAUGCCAAUCACUCAUUUGAGAGUUCUAUUUUGUGAUUUUAUAAAUGUAGAAGCAUUGGAAUGGAUGUCACUUUAUAACAAGAAUACACUUAAAAGUGUUCAAUGGAUUGACUCUGCUUUCAAACACCCUGAUAAAAAUGUGAUGGAUCUCUUCCUACGUUCGGGUCAAGAUCCGUUUGUAAUGAUGUCUUGGCGAUGUGAAAACUUACAAGAGAUUGUUAUUCAUGGUUAUGUAUUGGAUGCGCACAAUAUUGUUGGAAUUUCACGUCUUCGUGGACGUUCAUUGAAGCGAUUGGAAAUUUCUAUGAUUGACAACACUCCCUCUACAGCUAGUAUGGAGUCAUUUAUUGAGGAAAUAAGUUCCUUACUUGGACAACGUUGGAAGCCACUCAAUCCAGCUAAUCUACAUCCCUCGCUUGGAUAUGCUCCAGUCUCUGAUGACGUUCGUGAUGAAUACGUAUUUGAUCUCAUUCGAUCUGAUUUGCAAUCAAACUAACAAUCUCAACCAUAAAAUUUAUUUAAGUAAAACAACAACAACAAAAGACAUCAAAGCAAACUCUUACCUUGUGAUCAAAACGCACCUCUCUCAUAAUAUAUAGUAUAUAUUUUUUUUAAUUUAUUUAUGGAAGUUCAUGACUACCUUUUCCACCUAUUUUCUUUUACACAGUCAUUGUAUACAGAAAAAAAAGUGUGUAUAAAAACAAAAUCGAAUGCUUUUUUUUACCCAAUUUAGAAAUUUUUUAAUUAUAAAUUAGUCAACAAAAAAGAAAAUCUAAACCUAUAUUAUGUUAAUAGAAAAAAUACUUUAAAUUUUAAAAAAUUCCAAACUUUUGAUGCAAAUUAUUAUCAAAAAAAAAAAAAAACAAACAACAA